AUGUGCCCAAGACUGCUUCGUCGCCUUUGGCGCCUAAUUAAGGUGGUAUGGAGAAAAGGACAGGUAACCGAGUGCUGGCAGAAAGCAGAAGGCCUAUUUGUUCCUAAGGAAACAAACUCGCACAACAUUAGCCAGUUCAGGACAAUAUCACUUUUAAAUGUGGAAGGCAAGAUCGUCUUUGCUGUUCUCGCUAGAAGACUGACCACAUACCUUACUGCUAACAAAUAUGUGGAUACUUCAAUCCAAAAAGGAGGUGUGCCUGGAUUUUCUGGCUGCGUAGAGCACACAAGCGCUUUAAGCCAGCUGCUAAUACGAAGAGCGCUGGAUCACUAUCACAUACCAGCACAUGUACAGAAGAUUGUCCUUGGGUACCUAGACAACAUUCAGCUGCGCUUCUCAGUGAGAGAGAAGAUAACAGAGUGGCAGAGGCUUGAGAAGGGAAUCAUUACUGGCUGCACCGUUUCCGUUGUCCUAUUUGUCAUGGGCAUGAACCUCAUCCUGAAUGCUGCCAAGAAGGAAACCCGUGGACCAAAAACUUCGUCAGGGAUCUACCUACCAAGCAACAGGAGCUUCAUGGAUGACUUGACUAUAACAACCCAGACACAUGUGCAGGCUAGAUGGGUCCUCUCAGCUCUUGAGAGUACAACAUCUUGGGCAAGAAUGAAAUUCAAGCCAAAGAAAUCCAGAAGCCUUAUUAUCAAGAAAGGCCAGUCAACCAAUAAGUUCAACCUCCAGGUACAGGGAGAAGACAUACCAUCUAUCAUGGAUAGUCCAAUCAAGUGCCUGGGCAAGUGGUAUGAUGCCAGCCUCAACGAUACAAAUAAUGUAAAGCGCAUCAAAGGCCAGCUAAAUGAAGGGUUGAAACAAAUAGACAGGUCUUGGCUACCAGGAAAAUUCAAGGCCUUGUUGUUUCAACACGGACUACUACCUCGCCUGAUGUGGCCCCUUAUGUUGUAUGAGAUAGCAACAUCAACAGUGGAGGGCCUAGAAAGAACCAUAAGCAGGCAUCUUCGAAGAUGGUUAGGGGUACCACCAAGCUUUACAAACAUAGGUCUUUAUGGAAGAUCCAAUCAGUUACAACUCCCGCUCUCAUCAUUAGUGGAGGAGUUCAAGGCAUCAAAGGCAAGGCUGGUGGUAACUCUGAAAGAAUCCCGAGAUGAUAAGAUCAGGAAAGCUGGCAUAGAGACAAGAACAGGGAGAAAGUGGUCAGCCAGCCAGGCAGUGACACAGGCAGAAAGUAUACUUAGGCAGAAAGACAUUGUUGGAACAACCACUAGCGGGCGCCAAGGUCUUGGAAUCUCAACAUGUCCUAGAUGGAGCCAAGCAGCCAGUGGGGAAAAAAGGAAAAUGGUAGUAGAUGAAGUGCGGAAGAUGGAAGAAGACGAGAGAAGAUCUAGAGCAGUAGCCACAUGGACAAAAUGGGACACCACACCAAGGAUGAUGACAUGGGACCAGAUCUCGAAGUAUGAGCCUUUGCGAAUCAGCUUCUUACUGCGGUCGGUAUAUGAUCUGCUACACUCACCAGCUAACCUACACAGAUGGGGAAUACAAGACAGCCCAUCAUGUCAACUGUGUAACAGAACUGGAAGCAUGGAGCACAUACUAUCGGCAUGCAGCACAGCACUCACGCAAGGCAGAUAUAGAUGGCGCCAUGACCAAGUGCUUCGAGAUAUGGCAGACAUUCUUGAAAGACAGCGAAUGAAGAAGAGAAAACAGCCACAGCCCAAAACCAUCCACUUUGUCAAGGAGGGCCAGUCAGCACCUAAAGGCAAAAGAACAAAAUCUUCAGUACUUGACGAAGCUGACAAUUUGAAUAUGGCUGCUGACCUACAGAAAAAGCUUGUCUUUCCGGAGGUAAUACAAACCAAUCUCAGACCCGACAUUGUCAUCUGGUCCAACACUGCAAAGCACCUGGUGAUGAUUGAAUUGACAAUCCCAUGGGAAACAAGGUGUGAAGAAGCCUAUGAAAGGAAGAAAACCAAGUACUCUGAUCUCAUGGACCAAUGCAGACAACAAGGAUGGAGAACCUGGCUGUUCCCUGUUGAAAUAGGAGCAAGGGGUUUCCCAGCCAAUUCACUAUGGAAGAUGUUGGGCGCCAUGGGACUCAACGGCCAUGAGAGAAGGACUGCUGUGGGAAGACUAGAACAAUCAGCUGAAAUGGCAUCCAGUUGGCUUUGGUCUCGAAGAGAUGAGAGGAGCUGGAAGCCAGUCACCAACACGUAG